AUGCUCAUCCAGUACUGGCAUGAGACGAAGGUCGCCAGGGAAAAUCCAAUCAUGAACCUGACGAUAAUAUAUCCGGCUGGGUCUGACACGAAUGACAUGCAGAAGACGGUCGGAGUUGACAACUUGAUUACAAAUGCGCAGCCAUAUCGUGGCCCGAGCAGAUCACAAACUGCCCCCAUUGCAAGUCUGGAAAAUAUACUUCCCGAAACAGAAGCCACUCCAGCAUUUCCAAUAUCAAUUUUCUUGAGAUUCAGGUUGUCCCGGAUAAUUGGAACAAGUGGUGCCGCUGCAAAAGUGGACACAAAACAGGUAGGUCGAAUUUUGCUGUCGUAUCAGUCGGGACUAUCGGGGAAGCCACGGAGAAGGCGAGAACAGGUUCUCGGUCGGCGACUCCACGCAUGGAGCUUCCAAGGGACCCUUCAAUAUUCCGCAGAUCUUCACAAAUGCAGUCCACUAGCAGAUCAAAGCCUAGUAACAUUGAUGAUGAUUCUUGAGGACUGUAUUUCUCACGAGGUGGUUGUGGUCCCUUUAGUUAAAGAUGUACACUAG